AUGUGGUCUCUGAGGACGACCUCCCUCCUAUCCCUUCUCGUUUCGGCCAUACCCACGGUGUUUGCCGAUACCUGCUCGGAACUCAGCGCCACUACCGACAUCCAAGUCGCCAGCCCCGUCACUCCGUCGUACACCGACGAGCAGCUGGAGUAUUGGUCGUCAACCUGCAGCGCCCUCAAGCCGUCAUGCAUCAUCUUCCCGAACACGGCCGCCGAAGUGGCCGCUGUCCUACGCAUACUGAGCACCAACAACGAGCGGUUUGCGGUCAAGUCUGGCGGGCACAGUCCUAACAACUACUUUGCCAGCGUCGACGGUGGACCGCUCAUCUCGACACAGAACCUCGACCAUGUCAUCCUCGACCCGGCAACCGGCAUUGUCGACAUUGGGCCUGGCAACCGCCUCGACGGUCUAGCCAAGAAGCUCCAGGGCACCGGCUGGACCUUUGUCGGCGGGCGCAUCGGCAACACGGGAGUAGGCGGCCUCAUCCUCGGCGGCGGACUGUCAUACAUGUCAGCCCAGUACGGCUGGUCAGCCUCGUCAGUCAUCGAGUACGAGAUUGUCCUCGCAAACGGCACCAUCACCACCGCCAGCAGCUCGCACAACCCAGACCUGUUCGUGGCCCUCAAGGGCGGGGGCAACAACUUUGGCGUGGUGACCAACUACAAGUGCCAAGCGCACCCCCAAGGCGACGUCUACGGUGGCAACUUAAUCUUUUUACGCUCGCCAGAGACGGAUCGGAAGAUCCUAAAGGCAGUGCGGGACUUUACCGAGUACAACACGGAUGACCGCGCGGCCGUCAUUGUCACGGCUGAGCGGACGAACGUCAACCUGGUCGACUCGUGGAUCCUGUUCCUGUUUUACGACGGCCCUGUGGUUCCCCCGGGCACGUUUGACAACUUCACGUCCAUCGGCCCCAUCACCAACACGCUGCGGGUACAGACGUAUGCCGAGCUGAUGGCCGGCAGCAACUGGGUGGUGCUGAAGGGGUUUGUGGUGCAGAUUGGCACCGAGACGAUCCCAUUGCCGUCGGCGGCGAAUUUUGAGGAGGUGCUGUUGGACGGGAUCCACGCCCACUGGCGGAAUGUGAGUGGCAGCACACUGCUUGUGCCCGGCAUCGUGGCGUCCAUCGCGUACCAGCCGUUUCCCAAGCGGAUUGCCCUUGCUGCGAAGCAGAGGGGCGAAGACCUGAUUGACGCGGAUGGAGAUGCGGAUCGGAUGAUUAUUGAGAUGAACUAUGCGUUUUUGCUGCAGAGUGAUUAUGAGUUGAUGGAGGGGAAGAUGAUGGAGACGUACGGGGGGUUUAGAGAGAGGGUGCUGCGCUGGCAGGCGGAGGGCAAGUUGCAGGAGACCUUCUUGCCAGUGUUUAUGAACUAUGGAUUUUACCGGCAGGAUUACUGGGGCAGGCUGAAGCCUGAGAAGAGAGCACUUGCGCAGGAGGUGGCGGAGAGUGUCGAUCCGCAGGGGAUGUUUAGGACGAGGACUGGAGGGUGGAAGCCGUAG